ACUGCCCUUGCUCGUCGUCGUCCCCCCCCCCUUCCUCCCUCCCCGUCCUCCUUGUUUGUCGCAUCCUUCCUUGGAUCAAAAAAACAUUCUCGACACACUCCCAUUUACCUUCAUCUCGUCUCUCCUCCCCUUUUUUUGGCACUCGACACGCACAUACACACGCAUAGGGACAGUACCACUGUAGACUAGCAAACAAACACGCUCGCACCCUUCACAACCUACCUCAAGCUGUAGCUCCUGUACCAUCUCGCUCGCUCACAUCGCAUCUCCUCUUGCCGCCGCCGCGCCUCAACCCCCCAGCCCAACUCUCAGCAUCAUGGACGGGGACCUGAUCGCGCUUGUCAACAAGCUCCAGGACACAUUCAACGCCAUUGGCGGCGAGGCAGUCGACCUGCCCCAGAUUGUUGUCGUCGGCUCGCAGUCGUCUGGCAAGUCGUCGGUUCUCGAGACUAUCGUCGGCCACGACUUCCUUCCUCGCGGCUCUGGCAUUGUCACCCGCCGUCCUCUAGUGCUCCAGCUCAUUCACACCCAGUCAUCUACGACGGGCUCGACGGGUGCGUCUAAUGCUGCGGCCGCGGGACAGCUCUCGGCCGCGUCCAGCAGCAAUUCGGUCCGCCGCUCCCCUCGUGUUGACACUCUAGACCACGACGGAUACCUCCCCGACCUGUCUGCCGGCCAUGGCGGUCCAUACAGGCCCGCAGGCAGGUCCAUGGGCGGCGCUACUGGCAUCGACUACGCCGAGUUUCUGCACAUCAACCGCCGCUUCACCGACUUUGACGAGGUCCGCAAGGAGAUUGAGGCUGAGACCUUCCGUGUCGCGGGUCAAAACAAGGGCGUCUCCAAGCUGCCCAUCAACCUCAAGAUCUACGGACCGGGUGUCUUGAACCUCACGCUCGUCGACUUGCCUGGUCUGACCAAGGUUCCUGUUGGAGACCAGCCCACCGACAUUGAGCGGCAAAUUAAGAACCUUGUGCUCGACUACAUCACCAAGCCCAACGCCGUUAUCCUUGCCGUCUCGCCCGCCAACGUCGACCUGGCCAACUCUGAUGCGCUCAAGCUUGCGCGUACCGUUGACCCCAGGGGUCUCCGCACGCUCGGUGUCCUCACCAAGCUCGAUCUCAUGGACGCUGGUACCAACGCAUUGGAUGUGCUCACUGGGCGCACCUACCCGCUCAAGCUGGGCUUCAUCGGUGUGGUCAACCGCUCCCAGCAGGACAUCAACCUCGACUUGCCGCUGGACGAUGCUCGUCGCAAGGAGGAGGACUUCUUCCAGAACCACCCAGUUUACCGGAACAUCUCGCAUCGCUGCGGCACAAAGUACCUCGCCAAAACGCUCAACUCUGUUCUGAUGAACCAUAUCCGCGAGAAGCUGCCCGACAUGAAGGCGCGCCUCAACACGCUCAUGGGCCAGACUCAGCAGGAGCUCAACGCGUUUGGUGACGCCACGUUCCUCGGAGAGCAGCACAGACAGGGCUCGUUGAUCCUCAAGUUGAUGACCGAGUUUGCCCGUGACUUUGUGGCGUCGAUUGAGGGUACAUCGCUUGACAUCUCCACCAAGGAGCUUUGCGGUGGCGCGCGUAUCUACUACAUCUUCAACGAUGUCUUUGGCCACGCGCUCCAGUCGGUCGAUCCCACCGAGAACCUGACGCUCGCCGACAUCCGCACUGCCAUUCGCAACUCGACCGGCCCUCGUCCUUCCAUGUUUGUCCCUGAGGUGGCGUUUGACCUCCUUGUCAAGCCUCAGAUCAAGCUCCUCGAGCCGCCCAGUCUGCGGUGUGUCGAGCUUGUCUAUGAGGAGCUCAUGAAGAUUUGCCACAACUGCACGUCUCCCGAACUCCAGCGCUUCCCUCGCCUCCACACUCAGCUCGUCGAGGUUAUCUCUGAGCUGCUCCGCGAGCGCUUAGGCCCUACGUCCGACUACGUGUCGAGCCUCAUCGCCAUCCAGGCGGCCUACAUCAACACCAACCACCCCGACUUCCAGGCUGGAUCCGCCGCCAUUGCUCAGGGUGGUGCCCAGCCCCUACCCCCUCAAAAGGUGCCAUCUCUGGCCGGAUCUGCUGAUGACGACGAGUCGUCUUCGGAGGACUCUGGUUCAGUUGCGCCCAACGGCACUCUGAACCACCGGUCAUCAACAACGUCUGUUCCGGAGACGCGUGGCGCCAAGCUUCUCGCCGAGCCCAAGACAAAACACAACCGUGCAGUGUCGACAGGUGCUAGCGCUGCCACCACGCCGCAGCCCAACAUCAUCCCCGGGGCACCGACGACCCACCAGGGAUCGCCAAACAACGCCAAGGAGACGUUCCUCAACUACUUCUUUGGCGGACCGAACGGAGGCAUGCCUGUGCAGUCGAGCUCGGCACCGGGCUCGAGCCACGGCCACCGGGCGCUCGACGCCCGCGCUUCCCCACAGGGCUACGCUCCUCGGGAUAUUCUUCCCGACCUCGGAUCGGGCCGUCGAAACGGGGGCGGCCCAAGUGGCUUGGACGCCGGUACCGCUGCUUACGACAUGAAGUCGCUCGGCAAGCACCUUGAGACCGAGCAGCUUAUCAACCUGACGCCAAGAGAAUCAAUGGAGGCCAACCUGAUCCGCUCGCUGAUUGCGUCCUACUUUGGCAUUGUCCGCCAGACGAUCCAGGACCUGAUCCCCAAGGCCAUCAUGCACCUCUUGGUCAACUUCUCGCGUGACGCAGUUCAGCAGAGGCUGGUGACGUCUCUGUACAAGCCCGACUUGUUUGCCGAGUUGUUGCACGAGGACGAGGCGCUCGUUACCGAGCGAACGCGUGUCAAGGCGCUGCUGGACGCAUACAAGGAGGCGUUCCGUGUCCUUUCCGAGGUGUCGCUCAAGAGCUCGUAAACACACGUGGGAUAUCUGAUCAUUCAUGCAUGCCUGUAGAUUGUGGUUGUGUGGUGCAUGUGGUGU